AUGCAAUCUCGAGGGCUCAACGGGAGAUUAGGACGGUGGGCUGCUUUGCUGUCGAACUGGACUAUAGAGGUGAAGAGGUGCGAAAAAGGAGAAGAAGAGAUUUUGGGCAUGCUAGCAGCAAGUAUCACCCCGACAGAAGAGGUGGAAGAGAUGCUGAUUGCGAUAUCCCCACGAAAGGACUGUCGACUCAAAAUAUCGAUGCCUCCUCCAACGGUGGAAACAGAUGAGGAGUUGCUGGUGGCCAGUUUCGAUGGAUCGGCUAGGAUAAAAAAGAAAGGAGGGUCGUUCAGUGCCGUGAUAUGGAAGUUACCCGGAUGGACGAUCGUGGCGACAGAAUACAGAUACGCUCUCGACCUCACCGUGAAUGAAGCUGAGUAUCAUGGCUUGCUACUGUGCUUUGAGAUACUCGCCGAUCUGGAUAGGGGGCGAGUAAUACUGUGUGGAGAUUCCAGUCCGGUGAUUCGACAGAUGCGCGGUGAGAUCGACUGCAAGGCACCGGGCCUGCAACUCUUGAAACAUAAAGCGUUAGAGAAGCUGCAGUCAUGGCCUAGUCACGAGUUUCUGCAUAUGAAGCGAGAGUGGAAUCAGAGCGCAGAUCGACUAGCCAGCACAGCAUUGCAGAGCGAAAAGGGAAGAACCGUUGUAUCUGAAGAAGAUCGGCAAGAUCUGAUGACUCUGAACCGUCUCGAUGAAUUGUUGAAGCCCAAGCAAGAUGGUCAGCUGGCUCGGAUAACUGCGAUCACGAGAUCAGCCGGAAGGAUACGUCAUGAACCUGAAGUGAUACAGGAGGAGAUCGAACAGAGGACUAGGAUUCAACGAAUUGUCCAAGCUCAAGAUGAAGAGCGUUGGAUUGUCAAUCUCAAGACAUAUCUAAGUGGCGAUGUAUUAAACUUGGAUGCAGUAGAAGUGAAGAUGUGCGCCAAACUGGCGCCGGAAUACGAGAUCGAUGAGAACGAUCUGCUAUCUUUCUGCCCCAUGGCGAAAAGAGAGUUGGAAGAUCGCGAUGGUUUGAUGCGGUUGGUGAUCCCUGAGACGUUGCAGCAGGAUUUUUUGCAUCACUAUCACACGAGUCUGGAAGGAGGCCAUCAGGGUAUCGGCAGAACCUAUCAGAGGAUCAGAUCGCGAUUUCAUUGGAGAGGACUGUAUCGGAGCGUUCAACGAUAUGUGGGCGAAUGUACCGACUGUGAGACCGGGAAAGGAAACCCGAUGAUUCAUGGGAAAUCACCGGGCAAUCUACACGCAACCCAUCCAUUCCAGAUCAUCGCCAUGGAUCAUAUACCGUCGUUGCCCAAGUCCAUCAAGGGGAACACCGAACUGCUCAUUUGGGUCGACCUUUUCUCGGGAUAUGUGAUUGCAAAGGCUAGCUCCUCUCGGACGGCACAAACAAAAGCGGAGAAUUACGAAGAAUGUGUGUUUCGACGCUUCGGAGCUAGCGAGGCUAUCAGGCACGAUAGAGAACCGGGAUUUAUGUCCGACUUCUUUCGAGCCUUCAGUCGGAUCGUAGGACAAAAACAGCGUGCUACUAUGGCUUACAGGCCACAAGCAAAUGGAAAUGCCGAACGAAUGGUGCAAACCCUGACACAUUCGCUCAAGAUGUACGUGGAUGAAGUUGACCAGCGAGACUGGGAUGAGUAUGCUGAGCGUCUCACAUUUGCCAUUAACACUGCACAAGAUCGGAUCCGGGGGGAUACCCCGUUUUAUCUGAUUCAUGGGUGGGACCCGCGAUCGACUUUGGAGGCUACACUACCAGUGGGGAAUACGGGGACACGAGAUCGCGAUCCAAAGAGGUGGAGAUACAAAAUCCAAAGACAAUACCAGCGAGCCCGAUCUGCAGUGAACGAUCAUUUACAAGCCGCAAUCCAGGAGCGAGCGGAUCGACACAACGAAGAUCUGGAACCACACGAGAUCGAAGUAGGUAUACAAGUUUGGCUAUACCUGGAUCGAGUCAAAGAGGGAUAUGCGAAGAAGCUAGCGCAUAUGUGGCAUGGGCCAUUCCGAGUUGCGGACGUAUGUGGAGAUCAUGCUGUGAAAUUGGAGAUCGCUGGAACCCCAUAUCGGUUAUUUCCGAUUGUACAUAUAUCGAAGCUAAAAAAGGUAAAGACGUUCCCUGAACGCCCGAAGGAUCAGUUACGAUAG